UUUUAUUUAUGACAGUGCCACUAACAGAUAGGUAUAAAAAUAUAAUUCUGAUAUCAAUGAACUUAUACGUGUCAUAAAUACAGUGCCGUAGCAAUAAUUAUGUAAUAACUGUUUACCUAAAUUUAUGGUAAAGUGAAGUAAUAUAAGAAAAAUUUAUAGGUAAUGUCGCCUUUGUUUCGUGAGCCAGAUGAUAUGUGCAAUGUCAAUGUCAACCAUGUUCGUAAGAAAAAUUGCUAUGAUACGAUAGAAUUACCUUUACCAUUUCCAAAUGUGAUGAUUCAAGAUAAAAAGGCAGACGAAAAUGAAUUAUCAAUUGGUUUGAUUAAAUCUGCGAAGAGGACAGGACAACUCAGUUUAUGCAACAGGGGACUGGGCACAGUACCAGAUAAUGUUUGGAAAAUUGAUGAGUUAAUUUUGGAUGAGAGCAAGGAGGUUGACUUCACGAGGCCGGAUACCAACAAGUGGUGGACAGCUGAACCUUUGAAGACCCUUGACCUUAGCUCCAAUGUUAUUAAAGUUAUAUCUGGCAAUGUCAAGUAUCUGCAACACCUCGUCAACCUCAAGCUACAUGACAAUGCAAUAUCUAGUCUUCCCCCGGAGUUUGGUGAACUAAAGAAUUUGAUGACCCUGAGUUUGGCGCACAAUAAACUGACAGCACUCCCCAAAGAGUUUUAUAAGUUAAUUGAAUUACGCUGGCUGAGUUUAUCACAUAAUGAGAUUUCAAAAAUAGAAGCCGAUUUUGGAGAUUUUGUUAUGCUGAACUUUUUGGACUUAUCGCACAAUAAACUGACAAUACUACCUCCAGGUAUGGGCUAUUUGGUGAGAUUAGUGGAAAUUAAUCUUUCGCACAAUCAGCUAGACGAGCUUCCUCCUGAUAUUGUUAACCUCAGAGAUCUGAGAAAAAUGAAUAUCAGCAAUAACAAUCUGAAGAAGCUACCUCCAUUAGGAGAACUAAGGAAGAUGGAAGUACUGGAUGCGAAUCAUAACGACAUUGAAGAACUACCCGACUUUUAUGGCUGCGCAGCCCUGAAAGAGUUGUACUUGGCUAAUAAUUAUAUUAAGGAGAUAACAGAGGAGUUCUGUGAUCAGAUGCAGCAUCUGAAUGUGUUGAACAUCAGGGAUAACAAAGUGGAAGUGUUGCCGGAGAACAUCUCACUGCUACAGAAACUGAAGAGGCUGGACCUUACUAACAAUAAUUUGAAUAAGUUACCAAGGAACCUGGGUUUGUUAUCACAGUUGCAAAGCAUCAACAUGGAGGGCAACAAGUUAUCGUUUGUGAGGCAGGACGUGAUCCGAGGAGGGACAGAGAGGAUGAUGAAGUACCUCCGAGACCGCAUCACUGAGGAGGUCGUCAGUGAGACCAGGCUUACUCCUGAAGAAUGGCCUGAUAAAUAUACACUGAAGAAGAGUCAAGCUUUAAUGGUGCCUUGUCGGGAAUUGACGAGUGUACCGGACCAUGUAUUCAAAGCGGCGGCCGAGGCAGAAGUACAUAUUAUCGACUUUUCUAAAAACAAACUCACUGCAGUACCCAGUGGCAUAGUACAAGUGAGUGACACGCUGUCCUCGCUAGUGUUGUCGUCGAACAACCUGUCGAGCGUCCCGGCCGACAUCAACCGCUGCCGACUGCUGCAGUACUUGGACCUCGGCAAGAACCUCCUCAUGGAACUACCUCCAGAACUCGGCGACUUGCACAACUUGCGAGAACUAGUCAUUUCUAAUAAUAAGUUCACGAAGAUACCUCGGUGUGUUUACGAGCUGGAUAACUUGGAGAUACUGUUGGCUGCUGAAAACAAGAUUGACGAGAUCAACGUGUCGUCGGAUGCGCUCGCCAGGCUGAAGAAGUUGGCAGUACUGGACCUCAGUAACAACAGCAUCUUCACAGUGCCUCCUGAACUGGGACACUUCACUCAUCUCAGAACUCUGGAGUUGAUGGGGAACUGUUUUCGACAACCACGGCACGCCAUACUCGCUAAGGGCACCGCCUCCGUACUGUCCUACCUAAGGGACCGUAUACCCACCAAUUAGUAUUACUCAAUUCUAUGGCCCACACGCUGUAACGUACUAAAGAUUGUUCUGCAAGUUCACAUUAGAGAAAAGCACAAAAACAUUACAAUGUUAUGAUUUCGAUCCUCAAAUAUUUUGUUGUCCCAAACGCACAAACUGAAUCCUCUAACAUGUAGAUAUAUUUUGAAUAAAGACCUGUCUUGUUUUUGGCGUAAAGUGCAAUAAAUUCAAAUAAAAAUGUGAAAAAAUCCAAAAGUAUUAAAAAGAUUAAGAAUUUGUAUAAAUGUUGUUACAUAAAAUUGAAAAUAUACCAAAAUGUAUGUAAAUAAAUGUUUGUACACUAGUCGAGUGAACUUUCACAAUAAAUCUGUGGAACGUCAAGUCACCAAGUGUUGCCAUACGAAACGCAGUCAGCUUACUUAGCCAAAUAUUAUUUUUCGCGUACCUGAUUGUGGUAAAUCAUUUAUUGCUUAUUUCAUUAUUGUGAAAGCUUUUCGUUAUAUUUUGUGUUUUUGUUAUGGAUUGUUAAAUUAUGUUACUAACAUAGUCGGUAGCUACGAAUAACAUGUAGUGUUAUGGGUUGUGAAGUAUAGAAAGUAUGUCAUGAAAUAUCACUAAAUUGUGUAUUAAACAUAGGAAAAGUAUUUACAAAUGGGUUGACUGCAGAUUACUCAAUAUGUUAUUGCCAAACGUAAGGAUAUAUUUAAUAUUUUUGGACAUAUUGUUUUAUAGCAAUGCAACUGCGAAUGCAUUGGUCUGAAUGUGUAUGAGGCUAUCUAUAAUCUAUCAGUAUCAGGCUUACAUGGUACAAGUAAUGUUCAUAUUUGACAAUAGAUUGUUCUAGUAUUUAAAAUUACGAAAAAUCUAUGUACUUAGAUUUAAAAAAUUAACCAUGUUAAUCAGUACAAUUAAUCAUCAGAUUAGGAAUCUAACAAGUAACAAGUUGUUUGAAAUCCAACCAAAGUAUUGUUCGAAGUACCUGACAUUUAUUUUGUAAAAUAUACACACCCUUUAUGUUGCUUGAGUGCAUGGAAAUAUUAUACAAUGGAAUAAAGCACAAGUUUGUUGAAAAAUUAUGAGCACAAUAUUAUAAAAAUUGAAAAUCUUUGAGCAUAUCGCGUGAUUAUGAAAUAUAUGCUUUGAAAGUU